AGCGGGGGGCGGGGCCGCGGCGCCUGCAGAACCUUGGACAGAAGCUCCCGAGCCGCCGCCGCCGCCGCCGCGCGCGAGCCCCGCCGAGCCCCGGGACCGCGGCGCUGAGCCGCGGCGCGCAUUGCGGAAGGUGCGGAGCGCCGGAGCCACCUGCUCGAUCCGGAGGGGCGGCACGCGACCUCGGGAGCGCCCCCGCCUCCCUCUGGCCGCCGCGGGCUCGGUGAGCUUCUUCCCUCCAGCCGGCAGGCUGGGCGCGCAGGGGCGCGGGUCCCCGCCCGGCGCGCAGAGGCACCAUGGGCACGGUGCUGUCCCUGUCCCCCAGCUACCGGAAGGCCACGCUGUUUGAGGAUGGCGCGGCCACGGUGGGCCACUACACGGCCGUGCAGAACAGCAAGAACGCCAAGGACAAGAACCUGAAGCGGCACUCCAUCAUCUCCGUGCUGCCGUGGAAGAGGAUCGUGGCCGUGUCGGCCAAGAAGAAGAACUCCAAGAAGGUGCAGCCCAACAGCAGCUACCAGAACAACAUCACGCACCUCAACAAUGAGAACCUGAAGAAGUCGCUGUCGUGCGCCAACCUGUCCACGUUCGCCCAGCCCCCGCCGGCCCAGCCGCCCGCCCCCCCUGCCAGCCAGCUCUCGGGUUCGCAGACCGGGGUCUCCUCGUCCGUCAAGAAGGCCCCGCACCCUGCCGUCAGCUCCGCAGGGACGCCCAAACGGGUCAUCGUCCAGGCGUCCACCAGCGAGCUGCUGCGCUGCCUGGGCGAGUUUCUCUGUCGCCGGUGCUACCGCCUGAAGCACCUGUCCCCCACGGACCCUGUGCUCUGGCUGCGCAGCGUGGACCGCUCGCUGCUGCUGCAGGGCUGGCAGGACCAGGGCUUCAUCACGCCGGCCAACGUGGUCUUCCUCUACAUGCUCUGCCGGGAUGUCAUCUCCUCCGAGGUGGGUUCCGACCACGAGCUCCAGGCGGUCCUGCUGACCUGCCUGUACCUCUCCUACUCCUACAUGGGCAACGAGAUCUCCUAUCCGCUCAAGCCCUUCCUGGUGGAGAGCUGCAAGGAGGCCUUUUGGGACCGCUGCCUCUCCGUCAUCAACCUCAUGAGCUCCAAGAUGCUGCAGAUCAACGCUGACCCCCACUACUUCACGCAGGUGUUCUCCGACCUGAAGAACGAGAGCGGCCAGGAGGACAAGAAGCGGCUCCUCCUCGGGCUGGACCGGUGAGCCCGCUAGCCUGCAUCAUGGCUCAAGGAUUCAAUUCAUUUUUAAAAAUUUAUUCUUAAAUCAGAUUUUGUGUACAGUAUGUGUCUAGCAAAGCCACCAAGGGCCUCUCCCUUCCCACCUCCCCUCCUUGGGGUUUUCCUCCGCCCUGCCAAGAACUCUGGGCGCUUCUGAACUCCCGAACCUUGUACAACAUUCAGAAGAUGUAUUCAGAGCCACUCCAGCCCCUGACCUCUCACUCUGGGGAAUUGAAAGGACUGACCGGCCUCUGCCGCCUGCGCCCUUGCUGGACCAAGGCAGGGAAGGCGGCCCACAGCCAGGCAGCCCAGGGAGGAACGGGAGUUUUUGGUUGGAGGCCAUUUACUGGCUCCUGUUUUGGGUCGUCUGAUCUCCCAGAGGCUCCUGGAGCCGGCCACCUGGACUGCGCCGCACGUGGGCUUAGGAGGCCAAACGCCCGUGGCCCUGGGACAGCCUCUUCAAUCGAGGGGAAGCCGGCCUGGUGCGAAGAUCAUGUCCUCUUAAUUUGGCCAUGCACGACCCUGGUUUGCUCUUUUUUCUUUUUAGGGAGAAGGGCUUUCCUUUGUGGAGACAUGGAACCGCCCCCACACCCCCUCCUCCAAACCUCCCCUCCUUCGUCCCCCACCCCUGUUGGUAGUGUUGGUUAAUGAGCUGGUUUGACUCACUAAGUUCGUUCAUUUUGGGUCCCGGCUCCCAAGGGGUGGGGUGAUGCCAGGGACAACUCCUUUCUUGGGUGAAUUUUUCAUUUGAAUCAUGCAGCUUAGUCAUCCCGUGGCGAAGGCCAGGGCAGCUGCAGGUGCCCAUUGUCAACAGCCUGCCUCCCGGGCAGGUGGGGCUGCCAUGCCUGGGACUGAGCCGGUGCCCACCUAAGGGCUCAGGCUCCUGCCGAUGCCCAUGACAUUUGCCCUGCGGAGCUGCAGGGGUUGGGGCGGGGGUGAUGUCAGGGAUCAGGGUGAUGUGGUAAGAUGCACCCCUCCCCUCACCCCCUGUUGAUUUAAAGCUGUUUCCAAACAGUUGAGUCUCUCCUGAAGACGAAGCCUUGUCCCGAAAGGCCCAGUGAGACAGCUGGAUCUUGGAGACAAUUACGAGCCGGGAGCUGAACUCCUGACUGCCUGCUGAUUCUCCCACUGAUCAUUUGCAGCUGCUUGUUUGGGUCUCCACCUUCAACCCCAGUGGCUGUAAAAACCCAUGAUGUGUCACUUAAUUUUCUUUCUGAUUCUCCCAGAUCGGUGGCUGGGGGCUUGGGAGAGAACCCAGAGAAGGGAGCUAGCCGCCUGUGAUCCCUCUGGCUUUGGGGAACAAAGACUGAUGUGAAGGCCCACAGAGAAUUCUCUCUUCCAGUCUCAACCCCCCAAGAGGGGCUGGAAGGGGAGGCUGGGGGUGGGGGAGGCAGGGGGCCGUUUUACAUAGGAUUAGCUUCCAGGUGGCUGCCAUUUCAGCACAAGCACUACUGAAAUUCACAUAAAAAAGAGAAAGCUGUGAAACUGAGGUCCCUAUUUAAUAGGCCCGGCGUCGAGCCUGCGGGCCCCGUGGUGCUCGCGAGAACGAGGGCCUGCCCCAAGCUGGGAGCAUGGGCCUCGACUGCGCCCCGAGGCUCACGCUGAGCUGCUCCCAGCACCGCCGGCCAGAUUUACCUGCCGCAGGGCUGGAAGGAACCCGCGGCUGCCGGCGGGGACCUCGCGUGCAGCGCCUCUUCUCCGCGGGAGUUGUCACACAGCCUGUCUGUGUAGAUCCUGCUGCCGUGUGUGACCUGAGGUAGGCGGCCGGUGGGGGCGUCGGGGCCCCGGCGGCACGCGAGGGUGGGGGGGGAGGGUGGUGUCGGGGGGCUAAGUGUGAAGAGCCGGGACCCGGGGUCUGGAGUUGCUCCUUCGUGGGCCUUGCCGGGCCUGAAACUACGGGAAGGCGCACCCGCGGGAUUCCAGUUUUGUGUGUUUCCUUCUCUCUCUCUCUCCAUAUUUAUUUUUUUAAUUUAUGGAGGCGGUGCAAAUUUCAGGAAUGGUUGGGGACUAAAGAAAGAACUCUCUAGUUCCAUCCAUGUGAAGCCUGGCGAGGUCUCCUCCUCUGCACUGGUCAUCAGCAUUGUGUAAAGAAACUGAUAUACUUGAGUGUGCAAGCAAUGAACCCAUUUGACAUGCUGCUAUGAAGACUACUUUUAGAACAAUUAAAAAAAAAAAAGGAAAAAACUAACCUACAAAAAAAACCCCACCCUUUAUUCUUUAAUUGUUGCUUUUACAGUGAUAUUGUGCAUGCAAACCAGGAGCAUUUUGUGUCUUAAGAAAAAUAAUCUUAGAACAGAUGGCUGUGAAAAUUACACCCGUGCACAGAACAAGUCACAGGAAUAAUAGUUCAGGAUUUGGUUUUUCUCUUUUUUCUUGUAAAACCUGAAGGGUUGAUAUAUUCUUUCCAUGCAGUUAUUAGAACUUAGUUUUGUUCUAGCAGUUGUUAAACUUGCAAUGAAAAGGAAAUGUGCCAUUUUUUUUUUUCCACUUGGAACUAUUCUUAGCUGUAUAUUUGAAACUGCUAAUUACACACGUGCGAUGUAUGUUGGUUUUUUAGUGCAAUUUCUUCUGUAGCUAUUCUUUGACCAAACUGUGGGUAUUGUUAAUAUUAAUUUAUAUUUGUCUCAUUUUUGUAUGUAUGCGUAGCGUGUUUGUAAGUAUGUGUGGUUUAUAAUCUGACAAGGUCAUGAAGCUCAGUUUGGCUGUAAUUUAAUUCCCCUCCCCUUAUUUUUAUUUAUUUUUGUACUGUGCUGAUUAAAUAAAAUGCACUGACCAUCCAUUACACAGA